UAUCACGCAAGUCUCUUGCAGUGCUAGGCCUGCCAGCGAAAGGAAACGCAGUGAAUGCUGAGUGUUUGUGCUUGAGAGGCGAAAAUAGCAAUAAUAAGAGAAAGAAACGUUUGUCGUGGAUGUGAACAGGCUGGCGUUGAAUAGUGAAUUGACGGAGAAGAGAAACUGCACACAUAUUUUUUCGAGAAGGUCCCGAGUUGAAAGUUUCAUUUGGAUGCCCAUAACAAAAUUUGUCAGGACCUCAACAUGAACAGAAAUAAGCGCGAGAAGGAAUACUACAGUUUAGAUGUUGGCGACUCAACAUUUACCGUGUUAAAGCGCUAUCAGAAUUUAAGACCUAUUGGCUCAGGGGCACAGGGAAUCGUCUGCUCAGCCUAUGACCACAUCCUUGAACGAAGUGUUGCUAUCAAGAAACUCAGUCGGCCUUUUCAAAAUCAGACCCAUGCGAAACGGGCUUACAGGGAGCUGGUGCUCAUGAAGUGCGUCAACCACAAAAAUAUAAUUGGAUUGUUAAAUGUUUUUACACCUCAGAAAUCUCUUGAAGAAUUCCAAGAUGUUUAUCUUGUGAUGGAGCUGAUGGAUGCAAAUCUCUGUCAAGUGAUUCAGAUGGAACUGGACCACGAGCGAUUGUCCUAUCUACUCUAUCAGAUGUUGUGUGGAAUCAAGCACCUUCAUUCAGCUGGAAUUAUACACAGGGAUUUAAAACCAAGUAACAUUGUAGUGAAGUCAGACUGCACUCUGAAGAUCCUUGACUUUGGCUUAGCCAGAACAGCAGCCACGGGCUUAUUGAUGACUCCUUAUGUGGUGACGCGCUAUUACAGAGCCCCAGAGGUCAUUCUUGGAAUGGGAUAUCAGGCAAACGUGGAUAUAUGGUCUGUGGGGUGCAUUAUGGCAGAAAUGGUUCGCCACAAAAUCCUUUUUCCUGGAAGGGACUAUAUUGAUCAGUGGAACAAAGUUAUAGAGCAGUUGGGAACCCCUUCCCAGGAGUUUCUGAUGAAGCUCAACCAGUCCGUUCGGACCUAUGUGGAGAACAGGCCAAGAUAUGCUGGGUACAGCUUUGAAAAGCUUUUCCCCGAUGUCCUUUUCCCGGCUGACUCGGAGCACAACAAGCUCAAAGCCAGCCAGGCACGAGACCUCUUAUCCAAAAUGCUCGUGAUCGACGCGUCCAAGCGGAUCUCCGUGGACGAGGCGCUGCAGCAUCCUUACAUCAACGUCUGGUACGACCCCGCGGAAGUGGAAGCGCCUCCGCCGCUGAUUACCGAUAAGCAGCUGGAUGAAAGAGAGCAUGCGGUGGAGGAAUGGAAGGAGUUGAUAUAUAAGGAAGUCCUGGAGUGGGAGGAGAGGCUGAAGAACGGUGUGGUCCGAGGACAGCCGGCCUCUUUAGGUGCAGCAGUGAUUAAUGGCUCCCAGCAUCCCUCGUCGUCCUCCUCCGUCAAUGACGUGUCCUCCAUGUCCACAGACCCCACCCUGGCUUCUGACACGGACAGCAGCCUGGAGACGUCCUCUGGGCCUCUUGGCUGCUGCAGAUGACUGCCCUCCUUUUCCGCUCCCACUCUUUGUGUUCGAUGGUAUAGAAUUUAGGCCAGUUUUCACAACGCUCCAGCUUCUUUUGGUUUUUCAGAAAGCUGAUUUUAGGCUGUAAAUUAUCGUGACCUUUUUUGUUUUUCUGGAAACAACCGGAAAACACCAUUGUUUUAAACACUAAGGUAUUUUACCGUACAUGAGAUUCAAAACGUGUACACACAGAAACACUUUUUUUUAAGCUACAUUGAUUCUAUUUCGCCAUAUUGCUGUAGAAUGCUUCAGAUAAUUUGUAAAGAUUUUAUGGUAAAUAUAUUUUUUAAAAACUUUAUUUUUCAUUUUAGUUUGCGGUGAGCUAUUAUUUUAUUGCUUUUUAAGUGAUUUUAAACAUCUUCCAUUUUGCCAUCUUCCUUGACGCUGCAAAGUGGGAGGAAUCUUUUUUUGGUUUUCAUCUUUUGAGCAGAAAAUGGAUAUUGUAUAAGAUACAUAUAUCCACACUGUAGAAAUAUAAAUGUUUGACUUUCGUGUGUCUAGAAAACAACUGAAAAUUCUGUCAUUAUUGCUUUCAUGUAAAAUGUUUAAAGCAGAGACUCAACUUAAAUUUUUUACAUGUUUAAGUUGUCUUAAUAUGCUCUUAAGCGAAUGAUAUGAUAGAUACUGUAAGAUGUUGGUUGUUCCUCAGACAACUGCAUUCUUGGACUUUCUAAUUCAUUGCUUUAAAAUGGUUUUGGAUUUGCUUUCGUAAUACGAUUGAGGUCCUUUGCGAUUAAACCUUACCAAUGUAAUGAAAUGGCCACUGUAAGCCUGCCAGUUCUUAGUGCUUGUCUGACCACUUACUCAUCUGCACUGGUUAGCUCGACUGAAUCUGCAAGUUUGACAGUGGGGAAGGAUCUUUAAACUGCGGACGUGAAGCUUCAGCGAAGAGAGUCCAAACUGGAUUUCGGCAGUGGGAACAGGUCAAAAGUUAUAAAUGCUGGGCACAGGUAUACAAGAAAUGGGUUGUAAAGGGAUUUCUGUUUUUCUUACUUUAGAGUGAAAAGGGGCUAUAAGUCAUUGUUACAGGAUGUAGGGAUUCUACAGUGCCUAGUACAAAGGAUAAUGGAUUUAAUUUAGGUGCACUUCCUGCAUGCCGCUAAGUUACAGUAUUACAAAUAGGGUUUAAACAGUGGAACUUGUUUUUAAGUUUUGGAAACUUGGUUCUGAUAGUAUCACGCACUAUAUUUAGUGUUUGUGCUGUAUAUAUAUUUUAAUUUCUCAUCGUCUGCUUUUAGGAUGUUUACUUUUUGCCAAGAAUAUAGUGCUUUCCAGGAUCAAGAAGAAAUGUAAAUAUGAAAAUCUGCAAUGAGAGUCCCAUACGCAGGAAAAAAUAACUGCAUGUGCGCGCUGUAUUAUUUUUGCCCUGUUCUGUUAUAAAGUGGAAAUACCAGAAGCACCAAGAAAAAAGUAAGACUAAGUUAUAUAAGAAUUAUAUGCAAUAAUGGCAUCUUAUCAGAUUUUGUUUUUGUGAUUAAAGGAGAAGUGCCUGCAGUUAUGGUGCAUUCAUUCCUAAAAUACUCGAACACCGAACGUUUGAAGUUCUAUUAAUACAUGAUUAUGUGAAAUUAACUCGUUUCCACAAUAUUCCAUCAUAUUUGAGGUGGUUCACUUACGAAAUGGAUGAUCUAUUUUUUUACUGCAUUGGUAAGAGGCAAAUUUGAAAAGAGUGGGCUGUUGGAAAGAUAAAUUGCGCUUCAGAUGACAAAUAGCAAACAAACUGGAUUAAAACCCACAAAGGGCAGUUUUUAUCAAGGUUUUUCAUCAAAGUUCACCAUGAGGAUAUUUGAUCGCCCUCUUUAAAAUGGGGGGGAGAAAAACAAUCCUUUGAAAUGCUCUGGUAGAAAACGCCACACUUUGUACCAAAAUCCUUGAUAAAUCUUGCAUCUGUAGUUGUAAUCACGGUAACCGAUUAAGGAUUUGCAGUUGAAAUGUGCGAGUUCAAGCCCGUUCCUUCUGGAGAGCUGAAUGUCGGAGAAGAGGCUGCUCCAGCCCUGACUGGAGCAGCAAACUAUACCCAGGCUGUGAAGUGUGCUGUGCUAGAAUGUCGAGUGGUAUGUCAUCAUGGCCAGCAGAGGAAUGUGAAGACUACCGGAGAAUGUAAAGAAAAACGGAAACGUUUGCAGUCGAAUCCCAUGUGAGGCAUUAAUGGUCACUUUCUGUAUCAUGAUGGCUUUUUCCUUUUUUUUCCAAGUGCUCUUAAUUUUGUUCGCUCUUCGGAUCCCACUGCAGGAGAUGCAAAUUUGAAUUUUAGGGUGACUCUGCUUGCUUGUGUUGCAUCUCUUGGAACGUAAUAAUCACCGUUAAAGUAGGCUUUGAUGAACUACCUCACUCUAAAUUUCUACAACUUCUUGGAUAAACAUAGCUGCCCACAUUAUUAGGUAUAGAAAACAAUGUGAAAUAAAGAUUUUUUUUUUCAUUAUUUAUUUAUUUUAAGUGUACUAUUGUCAAUGUUAGGACUUCUAGUAUUGUAUGUAAUGUAUACUUCACUUAGAAGUAAGAAAACUGUUUUCUGUAUAUUUUUUUUUACAGUUCAUGUGCAAUACCUUCUGCAAAUUGUGCGAAUAGUAAGGUGUGGACCUAGCCAUGUAGACGUAUGUUACUGAAGGUAGAAAAAAAAUGUUUGGUACUGUCAAUCCAUGUUUUCCUUUUUAUAAAUUAAAACAACUUUAUGUGACUUGAUAUAGUCCUGAUUUUAUGUAAUCAGCCUUACCACUCUUCAAUAUCUGCGCCCAGACAGCAGUGGGUGAAUAUUGUGCAUGGCCAGAUAGAUUUUGAUCUGUAGAUGGUAAGGUACAACUUAGGAGAAAAAAAAAAUGCCUAAAACAAGCUGAUGUACUUCUGGGUGCUGGUCUGUAUUGUUUGCUUGUGAGGCCGGCUCUGUGGGUGGUUACAAUUCCUUGUUCUGGGUAAACUAUACACAGGCUGUGAAAUGUGCACGGGUGGAAUGUGUGCACUGGAAUCCAAUAAUGCAAACCUUAAAGACAUGUACUGCAAAUAAACAACUGAAUUGAA